UCAGAUUCCGGCAAUCUCCAACAUGGGUAAUCCUAUAUAUAUAACCCAUCUUACUCAUUUCUUAACUCCAUCAAACAGAUAAACCAAAUCCUUAAACAUCUCCAAUUCCAACAUUUAGACUCCCAAAACAUGGCUAUAACAAAAGCAUUCAUCUUCCUUGUGUUGGUUCUUUCAAUUUUAGAACUUGGUUUGGCCAAUAAUAUCGAUUUCACCCGCUCACGAUUUCAAGGGUGCUCAAACGUGACCAAUGGCCCUAGAAAUAUCAUUGUUGGCGGCUCUAAUAACUGGACUUUCGGCUUCAACUACACGGAUUGGGCCCUUAAAAAUGGUCCCUUCUACAUUGGCGACUCUCUAGUAUUCAAGUUUAAUCCUCCUACCAACGACCCAAACUCGCAUCCUCAUAGUGUGUACAGGCUUAGAACAUACGAAAAUUUUGUGAACUGCGACUUGAAAAGGGCAAAAAAGAUUGCUGGAAAUUCAGAUGGAGCCGGCCAAGGGUUUUCUUUUCGGCUUAAGACAUGUAAGCCACAUUACUUUUCAUGCGGGGAGAAGGAUGGACUCCAUUGCAAUAUGGGCAUGAUGAAGUUUCCGGUCUUUCCCCUCAUUCCCUCAUGGCAUAAAUAGAGUAGUACUCGGAUAAGGGUUGGGGAAGAUGCGUGCUUGGU